AUGGCAGAAGGAGUGUGUAAGACCGAGGAGGACGAAGGACCGAGCACCGAGGAGGAUUCGCAGUCGUUCCACGGGGUCGGCGUGUGUAAAUGGUUCAACGUCCGCAUGGGCUUCGGGUUCCUGUCCAUGACCAGCCGGGAGGGAGUGCCACUGGACGAACCGGUUGAUGUGUUUGUCCACCAGAGCAAGUUGCACAUGGAGGGCUUCCGCAGCCUGAAGGAGGGCGAGGCGGUCGAGUUUACCUUCAAGAAGUCAUCUAAGGGCUUGGAGUCUCAGCGAGUUACAGGACCAGGUGGCAUCCACUGUAUGGGCAGUGAGCGAAGACCCAAAGGCAAGAAGGUCCAGAAGCGACGUUCAAAGGGAGAUAGGUGCUAUAACUGCGGAGGCCUGGACCACCAUGCCAAAGAGUGCAAGUUACCACCCCAGCCCAAGAAGUGCCAUUUCUGCCAGAGCAUCGACCACAUGGUUGCCAACUGCCCAAUCAAAGCACAACAGUCCUCACCGGGCUCUCAGGGAAAACCCUCCUCCUUGAAAGGAGAUGAAGAGGAGCACAGCCACUCUGCAAUGCCUCCCGAGACCUCCGAUUAAACGAGGAAUCAGGCAACACUGACGCCGGGGGAAGCACAGAGGCCAAUCAAACUGCUUUGAUGGAGAGAUGGGACACGUGAUCUCCUUCCACCUGUUGAAGCUGCUUUUGGAACUACCUCAGGUUUAAAAAAUUGCCCAUGAAGAAUGUUGCUGAAAUUUUUUUGUUUUCAUUUGGUGUAACACUCAGGAAUACUGCUGUACUAUUGCACUCAGGACGCUUUCUAAAUGUAUGAAUCACUGCUGUCUUUUGAGGGGUUUAAGACUGUAGCAAAUGCCAUAUAACGGAUUAUUUUGAUAAGUUUUUGUAGAAUCUGUUUUUUUUAUGUGAUACUGUGCCUCUCCCGUGGGCAUUAUAUCUCUUUUUUUUUUCGUAACACUCAGUCAGUGUGUUUAGUAUGGAGCUACACUUUUGCUGCCUUACCACUUAGUCUUUUUCCUUACUUUUACAUGUCGCUAUCCGACAAGGCAGAGACUUGACCGUUAGUACCUCUGUAAUGAAUGUUAGCUUAC